AGGAUUUCCGAGCCGGGCGGACGGGUGAAAGCACCGAAACGGCAGGAGGAAGGAAAAACCUGAGCAGUCAGUCAACGAAGAGACAGGGUACUACCAGCCGACAGACGCGUGUCAACUGGAUAUGGUGGCUUUUCUUUACAACUGAGCAGAGCUAAAAUGGUCGUUUUUAAUAUUUUGGUAUAGUCUAGACCAGACCUAGGCUAACCAUCGCCAGCUGUAUUUUUUAAUAGGCUAUCUUAAAUUUCUCGAGGUAUAUUUUCACAAUUCAGCUAGCUAUUUACCGUUCAUCUUGAUUUACUGGGGAUUUUGGUAAAAGAUGCUACCGUGUCCCUCUCCCACGAUUGUGGUGGAGGAAGGCAAAGGAAAUGAAGGCGAAGCCCAGAAAGUAAAAACGGAGUGUGUCAGGCUCACUGAGGAGAGAGAUGAAGCUGAAAGACAGCUGAAACACAUCAAAAGAGUAUCCCAAAUGGUGAUUGAAGAGGUGAGUGUUCUGCAGACCCAGCUGGAGAUAGAGAAGUCCUGCAGAGAGAAUGCAGAGGCUCUAGCCACAAAGCUGAAUUGUGAGAACAGGAAGCUAAAGUACCUGAGUCUGUCUUCUCGACCCUGUCUGGAUGAGCUGCUGCCAAGUAUCUCUGACUGCAUUGCCCUGGAGGAAGAGACAGAGCCGCAGGAACCCAGUCCAGACCCCUACACCCAGUACCAGCAGCAGGUCAAAGACCUGCAGGAGACAGUGACCUCCCUACUGGAGGAGAAGAAGCAGUUUGCCUGCCAGCUGCAGGACCAGCGGAGACAGAUCGAGGAGCUGACGUCACGGAGUGAAAAGGAACAGGCGGAGAUGAAGGAGCUUUACAAAACCAUUGAGCAGCAGAGCAAGACCAUCAAGAGAUUCAACAGAGUGUCGGUGAUGGCAGCCCACGAGUACGAGGGCCUGAGGGACCAGCUGGAUUUGGAGCAGAGUCUGAGGCAGAAAGCUGAGACCUACGCACACGAGAUGUUGGUGAAACAGAAGGAAGCGAACCGGCAGAGCAUGAUUCUCCUGCAGAACGCUGACCCCAGCAUACAGCUGCUCAAGGCCCUGGAGGACGUGGCCAACAUCACCAAGACCUUGGAGCAGGAGCGACUGCAGCACCAACAGAAGGUGAAGAGCCUAGAGGCUGAGCUGGAGGAGUGCGCCCUCCGGAGGCAGCUGGAGGAGGUGCGGAAGCAGCUGGAUCUCCUGGAGGAGGAGAAGCGUGAGGCGGAGGGCCGGCUGCAGGAGGUGGAGAGGAGUAACAGCAGCCUGGAGGGCCAAGUGCAAGAGUUGCUGGCCGUGCAGAAGAGCGCAGAUACGGCAGCAGGCCCGGCUCCUGGGACCGCCCCUCCCCCCGCCCCGCCACCCCAGCCCCCUCCCCCACCUCCUCCUCCCCCUCCCCCUCCCCCGCCUCCUCCCCCCUCCCGCUGCAACCCCCUCAGUUCGCUCAUUGCAAUAAUGCGAAAAUCCUCAAAAGGAGGGAAGGGGCCUUUGAAGGCAGAGCAGGUCCCUGAUGGUGGAGGCGUGGAUGAUGUGAAAGUGAAGGCUGUAAACGAGAUGAUGGAGAGGAUCAAGCACGGGGUCGUCCUGAGGCCUGUCAAAGGGCAAGACACCAAGAGAUUUGGCAUAAAGCAGCACCCCCCAGUGGUUGAAGUGAAACCACAGGCAGAGAGCAACAGCGCAAUGGAGGAACUGAAGGGCAUUCUGGAUACAGUGAAGAAGAGUCCGAGUCGAGGGUUGGUGGAGGUGUUGCCAGGAAAGAAGGACAGUGAACUGGAAGUGAUUCUAAGGAGGCGGCGUAAACAGGCCUGUGACCCAGGUUCAGGAGAUGAGAAGGAUGGUCAGAUCAGUAAGUUUUCCUCAUCAGAGAGCCUGAACGCCCGGAACAGCUCUGGCGGCUCCAGACACAGCUCUGACUCGGGCAGAGAGGCAGACGGGCCCAGACUCUUCGGCAGUCCUGGCAGAGAGGCAGACGGGCCCAGACUCUUCGGCAGUCCUGGCAGAGAGCCGGAUGGGCCCAGACUCUUCGGCAGUCCUGGCAGAGAGCCGGCCGUGUUCAGGCGUGGUUCGGACUCCGGGAGAGAACCGGUUGUGAUGAGGCGCAGCUCCAACACUGACAGAGAGCCCAGAGGGUCUUGGCAGGGGGGCAGCGCACGCAGCUCCCUGUCUGAGAAAGGGGCCUGUGAGGUGGUCACCAACGGCUGCUUUGAUGGCGAGGAGGAGAAGCAGAAAUCGGAGAAGUGCACACGCUCAAAUGGAAUCAACCACACCGUGCUCCAGCAAGACAAGCACACCACCCUCACAGCAGGGUCGCCAACCGGCCCCAACCCCCUGAAUGGGAGCAACGACGCAGAGUGUUAACUGCAGUCCCGGGGACAGUCACAAGGGGGCAGCAGUGCAGGAUAGGGCAAAUAGCUGCACAAUUUGCACAGAAUCUUCAUUUGUUUUGUAACUUUAGACACCUGACUUGAACAAGUUUUGUUUUCUCUCUAGAUUUGGAUGCACAGACCGUCUGCUGGUGUGGGCUGCUGUCUGAUUAAAAGCAUCGGUUGGCUUGUUUUUAGUACAAUAUGAUCGUUUUUUGUGUUUCUCUCUUUAGUGAACUUAAAGGACUAUAGAAAAUCUGAACAGUUCGUCUUUUACAAAUACUCUUAUUCGCACUAUGUAUGCAAAGGUUCCUGAAAAUUUGAUUAUUACUAUUAUUAUUAUUAUUAUUAUUAUUAUUAUUAUUAUUAUAUGGAACACUAAAAUGUCUGAAAUGGCCUUGAGUUCUGAUUUUAUACUAUAUAAUGUAUUAAUGCCUUCAUGAAUAUCCUGAAAUUUCCUGAAAAAAGGAUUGCUUUUUCUCCAAACUAACCAAAAAACAACAAUAACCAUUAACUAAAAAGCUAUAAAUAAUAGCAAAUAAAACACACUUUAAGCAGGUCAAUAGCUGGACUCAAAUUAAAUCAAGUGUUAAGUAUUGCACAUUCAAGUACUAUUUAGCAUUUAAGGUGGAAGACUCCAGUAUUUAAGUUAAGUGAACACGCUGGUGUGUAGUGCUUGUUGUGUCAACAGAUGUCAAUAGAGUGGUGAUGCAAAUGAAAGCUAUGCAGGUGUUUGGUUAUUCUUGGACUUCCUUAAGGAAUUAAGUGCUACUAUACUCAGCCUACCUCCAAAUAGACACAUCCACCUCUUAACUCUCAUAAAUUGUAUGAAAUCAUCAAGUAUAAAGGGUGACAGCUUGAAUGGAGGUUGCAACGGCUCAAAAUGUCUUCCGCAUCCUGCCUCUCAGGUGCUUGCACUGUGGCGGUCACUUUAUUUAAGGGGUAAAUUAUUUGACGAGUUAUCUCUUGAAGGAAGGUGCUACAAUCAGUACAUCUCCGCUCAUUGCCAUUGUCAUUUUGGGAAUAACUGGAAGGUUUUCAAAGCCAGGGAGCUAGUGUUACAUCCAAUCUCGUAUUGACUAUUCCAUGCUUAAAUCCUGGUUCUAGUUUGCUGCAGUUGAGCAUAUAGGGUAAAACUACGCUAGUUUGAUACAUGAGUGUGUAGUUUUAUUCUGUGACCGAUUCCCCUCUACGCCUCGGGGGUUGUGGAUCAAACAAAGGCUGUUUAACAGAAAAAAAGGCUGUUCCAUCUCUUAUUCCAUUUUUGUACCAAACGCGAAGGAAGCCAUUUGCAUACCAUGGAGUCAAGUGUACCAGCUUAUGCCAUUCUUAUCUAUGGACUGACUGAGUCAUACAUUUAUCAUGUUCUUGCUUACUGUAAACCUGCCUUUAGAUUUUAUGCUAACAUUAACACUAAAUUUGGACACAGUACAAUGGAUUGUCACAUCAGGGCAGCACUUCAGCAUAAUAAUGCUUCCUCUAAACAUUUUAAGAAUUAUUACCCUCUUUUAUCAAAUCUACAAGGCUCCAUUUGAAUUGUAAGAUGUGGCAGGACACAAUGAAUGAUUGUGCUUUUAUCUCCCCCAAGCUCCACACACAGCUUUGCUAACACUGCUUCAAUUCCACAUUUUUGUUGCCCUCUGAUAAUUCAGUACGAGCACUGUAAAGUAAUGAUCUGUAUGUGUGAAUUUGCUUGUUCCUUGGCUAUGUGUGUAUGUCUGAGAUGUGAAGAUAAAGAUGACAUUGUCACAAAAUUGAGUUUAUAAACAUUUUCAUGGCUCUCUUAUUCAUUAAACAUUCUUUUUUUUAAAUUGGAGGUAAUAAAUAAAUUGGCCAUUUAAAGUA